UCGGUGUCGGCGCUGCCGCACGUGCUUCCUGUGCGUGGGUCGGCAGUCCGCUGCAUGUUGUGUUUCUUUAGGAUUUCCCCUUUCUGUCAAAUUAUUAGAAAUGGUUUCUGUCAUGUGCCUCUGAAAGUCUGUCAGUCAAGAAAAGUAUGGACUGCCUUUGAGGAAAGUAAACUUCUGUCUACAUUGUUCAGCAACAUGGAAGAGGAGGAGCCAACUAAUCUUUCCACAAAACGUCCUUGCCCAGAUCAUGUGGAUGAGCAGACUGAGCAAGAAUAUCAUAAAAGGACCAAACUUUCAGAACCUAGUGCAUCUCUUCAUCAGUCUGUUGUGUCUAAACGCACUGAAGGAAUUGAAAGUGGCUUGCAGGCUUUGUCUUCCAGAAAAGAUGAGAAUGAUGAAAAAGAAGCCGUGGAAGAAACAGAUGAUGGUGUACUUCAGGAGGAUGAAGAAGGCGAUGGAGACAGCUUUGCUGACAUGAUGAAACAUGGCUUAGUUGAGCAGGAUGUUGGAAUCAUCAAGUUUGUGAGCACACACGAAGGUUUCUCAGGAAUUUUGAAGGAAAGGUAUUCAGAUUUUGUUGUGCAUGAAAUAAACAAGGAAGGAAAGACAGUUGUUCUGGAUGAUUUAUCUGUACCUGAUGAUGAUGAUGAGGAAUCUUCAGAUGAUAUUUUUUCAGUAUUAUCAACUCAAGAUAAAGAACGUUUGGAAAAUCUUCAGCUUUUUAAAAAUAAGGAAGAUUCUGUGUUGAUUGAGGUUGUUGAAGAUACUAAAGAAAAAAGAACAGUUAUUCAUCAGGCAGUGAAGAGUCUCUUUCCAGGACUUGAGACUAAAACCGAAGAAAGAGAUGGAAAGAAAUUCAUUGUAGCUUAUCAUGUUGCUGGGAAGACGGCACUGGCAAAUCCAAGAAAACAUUCGUGGCCCAAAAACAGGGGAACCUACUGCCAUUUUGUGCUGUAUAAGGAAAACAAAGAUACAAUGGAUGCCAUUAAUGUGUUGUCUAAAUUUCUGAGAGUCAAACCAAACAUAUUUUCAUACAUGGGAACCAAAGAUAAAAGGGCUAUAACUGUUCAAGAAAUUGCAGUUGUAAAAAUCACAGCACAGAGACUUUCUCAUCUGAACAAAUGUUUAAUGAACUUCAGGCUAGGCAAUUUCAGUUACAAAAAAUAUCCCUUGAAAUUGGGAGAAUUGCAGGGAAAUCAUUUUACAGUUGUUCUAAGGAAUAUCACUGGAUCAGAUUUGCAAGUAGAGCAUGCCAUGACUUCACUCAGGGAUAUCGGAUUUAUUAACUACUAUGGAAUGCAAAGAUUUGGAACAACAGCAGUUCCUACUUACCAAGUGGGAAAAGCAAUUCUACAAAACAAUUGGACUGAAGUUAUUGAUCUGAUCUUGAAGCCACGGCCAGGAGCGGAGAGAGGAUACCUGGUGAAAUGCAGGGAAGAAUGGGCUCAAACUAAGGACCCUGAAGCUGCAUUGAAAAAGCUUCCUGUGAAAAGGUGUGUGGAAGGACAGUUGCUCCGAGGUCUGGCAAAAUAUGGAAUGAAGAACAUUGUCUCUGCAUUUGGAAUGAUUCCAAGAAAUAAUCGAUUAAUGUACAUUCACAGUUAUCAGAGCUAUGUGUGGAAUAACAUAGUGAGUAAACGGAUUGAAGAAUAUGGACUUAAAGCAAUGCCAGGAGAUUUGGUACUGAAAGGAGGAACAGCAGUUCCAAUUCAGGAAUCUGACGUACAGAAUUAUACCAUACAUGAUGUGGUGUUGCCCUUGCCUGGAUUUGAUGUUCUCUAUCCGAAACACAAAAUUGGGAAAGCCUAUGAAGAAAUGAUGGCUGCUGAUAGCUUGGAUAUAAAUAAUAUGAGACACAAAAUUAGAGAUUAUUCAUUAUCAGGAGCAUACAGGAAAAUCAUUAUUCGUCCUCAGAAUGUUACCUGGGAGAUUCUAGUCUAUGAUGAUAAGAAAAUUCCUUUGGUUCAGACUGAUGUGGAAAAGCUGGAAGGAGUACCUUUGCCAGAAUCUUCCAAAGAUGGUAAAUUCAAAGCAUUGAAAAUGGAUUUCUCACUUCCUCCCUCUACUUAUGCGACUAUGGCAAUUCGAGAGGUACUCAAAAUGGAUACAAGCAUCAAAAACCAAACUCAGCUCAACACAGUUUGGUUACGAUAACCUGAAAAAUAUAUCUAUCUGGUUUUCUUAACAGCCAUUGAAAUGUUUCAGGAGAUUCUACUUUUAUUUAGCUUGUUAUGUGACUGAAAAUCUUUUAGAUUUGUUUUAUCAACAUUCAAGGGUUGAUUUUAUUUUUCACAUUUGUAAAACUUAAUGGCUUUUAAGCGCAAAAUGACAUCGAUCAAUAAAUAUUUAGUAUUAUAACAGCUUGUUUUCUUGCAGUUUUAUUUGUAGUAAUUGUAUUUUCUGUAUCAGUAUUAAA